AAAACACGCUUUUUCUGUUUUAUUCUCGGAUAAAACAUGGCUUUUCGACCAAUCAGAGCGCGCACGGGAUCCUAUCUAUGUUAUAAUUCUUUUUUAAAGCAUAGUUUUUCCUAUGCCUGAGGUAGUAACGGACCCCUCUGAACUCAACGCAGCUCAGUUGCUUUUGGCAAAAUAAUCUCUUGUCCUAGGCCUGCAUGUGGCUUAGACGUGGAUCUUUUGAAUGUGUUAAGUGUGUUAAAAAUCUUAUGUUGCAUUAGGAACUUGUAUUCAUUAUCAACAAACACACUGUGGCCGCAGCUGGCAAAAACGUUAAUUAUCUUUAGGCAAUAAUUUGCUUAUCACUUUCACGGGUAUACCAUUUAAAUCUUGCCGUGCUCCACUCCUGUUAUUCACCAGGGAAGGAGGAAAUAAGUCAUGAUAUCUUCCGUCUUCUGUAUAAUAAAAUAACAUUUUAAAGUCAGUAAUAGGUGCCUCGAAUUCAAAUAUUAGGCUGAUCAGUAGCAAGAGAGCGGGAACGUCACUUGACGACGGCGCGCGCAGUACAAAUACCCAAAUAUGGUCAAAUAAGAACAGAAUCCAGGUUAUUCCACGCGCCCUGCAGUCGUCAUCUGACGUUUCGGUCCUGUUGCUAAAUCAACGCGAACGCACUGGGAAAGUCUCCAGCCCUCGAUAUUUUUCUAAAAGCAGUGGUAAUCAAUGGUCAAAUUUAAUCACCAGGCUGUCUUCUUUAAGCCACUUUUAAUCUACAACCUUCCAACAGCUGUUUAUGACAGACAAUAGGCUAAUGGACCGAACGUUAUUAAUGCUGUUUAUUUAUGCGCUGUUGACAUCCUGUUUAUAUUAACUAUUUUUUUUUCCAAGCACACAACACUAUCUUACUACGACUUGAAGCGUGCCAAGUGUAUGCAAAGAUGCCAAACGAAUCCAAAACUAAUUUUUCAUGUUACUCGGACAUCGAGAACGAAAACUCUGGUCUUGAAACCAUUGUCAUCAUAAAUUGUGUACUGAAUGCUCCAUUGAUGAUCUUAGCAAUCUCUGGCAACGCGCUGGUGUUAGUCGCGGUAUUGAGAGCUUAUUCACUCUUUCCGCCGUCCGUAACUUUGCUCUGCAGUUUGGCUAUGUCAGACCUGCUUGUUGGACUUGUUGUACAACCUCUUUACAUCGCUAAUGCACUGACGGAAAACAGUACACUGAAGCAGGCACUCAAUACAACCGUCUUUGUGGUCUGUGGUGUUUCCCUGUUGACAAUGGCAGUCAUAAGCGUCGACCGGUUCUUGGCCCUUCACCAUCACAUGCGAUAUCCGGAGUUGAUGACUACACACCGCGCCAUCUUUACAACAGCAACUCUUUGGAUCAUCGUCUUCCUGUUGUCAUUUUUAAACUUCUGGACUAUCAACGCUUAUUAUUUGGCUUCAGCAGUCAGUAUUUUAAUUUGUCUGUUAGUUUCCACUGUUUCCUACAUUAAAAUCUAUUUUAUUGUCAAACACCAUCACUUACAGAUUCACACUCAACAACAGGCUGUGGAAAGUAAUGCUACAGAUAUUAACCAAACCAUGUUACGAUCCACCAAAAGUGCCAAAAAUACGUUUAUUUAUUACACCGUAAUGAUUUCGUGCUAUACCCCGGUGUUUGUUGCCAUGGCGAUAUUAUUUAUUUCCCCUUCUCACUGGAAUGAAGGGUGGACCUUCGCAGAUACUGUAGUCUUUAUGAAUUCGUCCAUCAAUCCAGUUUUGUAUUGCUGGCGUCUUCGCCAGCUUCGAACAGCAGUUGUAAAGAUAGUAAGGCAGCUUUUAGGUAAACAGACAGAAGAAAACUAGCUAUAAACAUACCCACCGUGCA